AUGGAUGACAAAGGAUCUAAUAGGUAUAAAUUAAGACUCUCUUCAUUGUCGCAAAGAGAUGGGAAGAAAAACCUGAACCAUAGAGGAGAUGAAGAGCUUUUGAAUAUCUUACCCUCGUAUCAUAUGUAUCAAUCUACGAUAUCGAAGAACUUGACACCCUCUCACGAAGACUUCCGAACAGAACCACCAAGUUACGAGAUUACGCCGAUAUCCUCUGUCGCCUCGUCUGAGACCUCGAGUGUUAAUGAUUAUUUUAUGGAUAUUUCCUUGCCUACAUCACCCACGAAUGCCAAUGAGGAAGAAAAUGAGGAAGAGGAUUUAUUGUCUAUCGAUAAUACGAUCUUGUCGAAUGCUCAUAAGUUGAAGAGAUUAACGGCCAUGAAUAAAGAAAUCUCCAAGGAUUUGAUCAUUAAUAUCUAUUUGACUGAAGAAAUUGGAAAAAUAGGUGUUGCACCUAAACUUAUCGAUCCAUUGUCCUUGGAACUUAAACAGGGAGAUUACAUCUAUGGUUUCGUAACGGUCACUAAUAAAACAAAGCACAACGUUCCAUUUGAUAUGUUUCCGGUAGUGUUUGAAGGAGCUUUAACAUUAGGUAAUAAUAAUAGACCAAUUGUACAACCACCAGUAAACAUUGUCAGAUUCUUGACUAUGUUUGACUUUAAUGCUUCGUGGAACGAUGGAAGUCUUGAUAGGUUGGUAUCAGACAAUAAUAACCCGCAUAUUCCUAAAAAUGACGUUGAUCCUUACGACAAUACCCAAAUUCAAUUGAAUCAUAAAAAAAUAUUUGAACCUAACGUCACUUACAAAAAAUUCUUUACAUUUAAGAUACCUGAUAAGUUGUUAGAUAGUAGUUGUGAACCUCAUGGUUUAGUAAAACAUAUUCAAGUUCCACCCACUCUUGGCAUUUCAAAAAAUGAAGUGAUAAAUUCAUUAAGAAGAAAAUGGAGAGACAAUGCAGAUGACGCAGGUAUAGCAUCACCACGGCCCGAUGAUAGUGAUAUAGGAAAGAAUAAGGCUCAGUAUGCUUCGCUUACGAAUGAUUUUGCAUUCCCAGAUACUGCAAUAAGUUAUUGUAUUAGUGCCAGGAUUAUAGGAAGAUCAGUGGGUUACGAAAACUUAUUUUUGAAAAACCAUUUACCCCUGAACCCAACUGCCGAUGAAUACGUAGUUGCAAAUGAGAAUUACUGUUACUUGAGGUUAGUUGGGGACGCUGACCCAAUUUUUGAACUUAAUAGAUCUAUGAUGACUGAAGAGGCUAAAUUGAUAUAUUCAAACAUGGUUGACAAAAUAAAGGAAUACAUUAGUUUGGCGAAAGAAAUGUCGACACUUUCUAUUGAUGAUAGGAGUUCAACUUCUUUAUUACAUCCUACUUCUAGUGCAACGGAACUAGCAAAAAUGCGCCAGUCGUAUUACUCAAAAAUUAGCCCCACAAGACCUAGAGAGAAUGUUUACGAAAUAUUCUUGCUGUACAGAAAGAAGUCAAUUCUUGGAACAAAUAAAAUAAUCGGUCUUGCUGCAUUGUCAAGUCCAAAAACGCAUUAUAGAGUACCAUAUGUACCUUUAUCAAAAUUCAGAAAACCAGAUAUACCAGUUCCCUCUACCAAAAUCAAUAUCCCGUUAGAUCUUACAUUUAUUUAUUCAGAAAAUCAGAAUCAGCUUCCACCAGACUUCAAGCAUAUAUCUGUUGAACUAAUUGCAUUGAAUAUCAAGUCUAAAAAUUUGCCUAUUCCUGUGGUAUUCCAUCACGAUAUGCUUUUUCAAAAUAAAAGUAAAGGCUCGGACAACUUUGACUAUAUAACUAUUAAACUAUUCCAAAAAUAUGCGAUAGAGUUAUCGAAAGUUCUCAAGGAUGUUAAACAUGAUAAUCUAGAUUUAGAUAAAAGUUUAAUACGUGAUGUCAAGUGUCUUGCUAACCUCUCAUCUAAAUAUGAUUAUUUCAAGAUUUUGAAUCCGAGGGUGUCUGCUAUUAACUCUUCGGAGGAACUAAACUUAAUAUCAUCAAUUCCUUGGGAAUCUGAAAGUUUGACCACAAGAUCUACAACAGAUACACUAGAGGAACAGGUCAAAUAUACAAAGAAAUUCAAUGCAGUUAUUGACAUAUCAAAUGCAGCCUUAAUUCCAACUGGUUCCAAGGAUUUCUGCUUGAUACCUGAUUUCCAAUAUUGUUUUACGGCUAGACUUUAUUACUUGAAAAUAAAACUCAAGUGCCCCAAUGGCGACAAGAUGGUCCUUAAAGUGCCAUUAAUACUCCAAAAAGAAAGAGAGUAA